AGUACAUACUUACCUUCAAGGAUUAUUUUGUUGUAUGUUUGACGAAACUAAUUUUGUUAGUUCUUGACGAAAAAAUAUUUUUUUUCCUCGUGACUAGAUCGUUUGUCUGAACGCAAGUAAUAAAACUUUUAAAUAUAAUUAAGGAAAUUUAUAACGUUUGAUGUGCUAGACACUGAACAGAAACCAAAAAUAUUGUUUAUUUCAAUCACUUGCUGAUUGCUGAAUGCUCAUCAUUUAUACUACGAUAUAAUUCCAACUAAGUGAUAAAUAUUGUGCAAGUUAAUAAACAUGAUGCUUUGAUUUAUUAACAGUAUAUAUUUUAGUUAUUUUGUGAACUCCCAUCAGUAAAUAUGGAAAAUGCUCAGAUACAAAGUAAAGUUAAACUUUUGUUUGAAAAAAUUCUUAAACCACACUAUGUUAUGGAUAAUUAUUAUGCAGACAACUUAUUUAUCAAAAUAAACAACACGGAUCCAGAUGUCACUUACUUCAAAUCUCUACCUUUCUUGCCACAGUUGCUUAUAGACGCUUUAGAUGGAUGGGAAACAUAUGACAACACGGUCAAGGUUUUUCUCAUACGGCUACUUGCGGUCGUGUGCGAAAGAGAGGUCAGCUUCGGGAAGGUAUUUUCUAACAAAUGCCGAAUGUUCACACAAGCGUUCAAACAAAUUGAUGGUCCCACCAUGAAUUCUAGUUUAAGGGUAGCUUACAUGGACUUGGCGUUGUCUCUCCUCAACCAUAGCUCUGGAGUAAUGUGGCUAUACGAUAGCGAUGUCUGGAGGCAUAUUUUAGUUCUGUGCAAUGAUAAAAGAACUGUAUUCGUCGUUCGAAAAAUGUACAAAUUCGCAUCCAAAUUAAUGUGGGAGUUAAAUAAUUUGGGUAAUAUUACCAGAAUCAAAACUGUACUAGAAUUCAUAAUGAAACCAGUAAUAGAUACAGAUUACUUGUCAAUUAAUUUAAUGACGAGUGAGAAUGAGGAAGAAAUCAGCAAGACGCUGGAGCCUAUGCUCCAAAUGUUGCUGUCGAUCAUCACUAACGGGGAAGAGUUGAGAAAAGGAAGUAGCAUCUUGAUUGAAUACGUAAUAAAAGAUUCGAAUAUAAUAACACAUUGUUACGUUCUGUUGGACAAGAUAAGAAGAGAAGACAUGUCGCUCCUAAUAACUAAAAUACUGUUCGCAGUAGGCGUGGCGAGAAUUUUACACUCGCAACCAAUUGUGGUCAAUGAUCUAUACGAAAGGGAACACUUUGUAGAGCUAGGGGCCACUUAUUUGAAUAUUAUUCAGUUUCUGAUACACAGGCGAUCUCCGACUUUGGUGUUCGAUUUCUGCAACGCGUGCAGCGUGAUUUGGACAACGGCAUGGGAGGGCAAGGCACCUGCGAUGUUUGAGGCGGAUGGAAAGAAGUUCGAGCUGCACAACCAAAUAGUGGCUAUGAUCCUUGUUCCGUCUCUGGUAUACGCAAAUCUCGGUAAGCCGAUGUCCUCGAGUUUCACCGAUGAGAGAGUAGAUGAGUUCUUGGUGAAACUUCUUAAUUAUAUGUGCUAUCAUACCGCUAGAGCAGCGUACGCUCUGAGAGACCUCACACUACAGCUUGAUGUACUGUCGAUUACAUUACAAAGCGUCAAAAGAUUGAGCUGUUGGAAGAAUCGUUUCACGAAUGAGCAGGCUAAUUUAGUUUUCCAAGCGUUGUUCUUCGUACUGAAACAGUACGACCCUGUCGACGACGACGGGGAGAUAAAGAACGAAAUCUCGUACGAAGACAGUGGGGAUAAAGUCCUUGUGAUGACAUACGUACUGGAUAGUUUACUGUCAUUAGUGAAAACGUACAAUAUCAACUGGCACGAAAGCUUCGAAGUUCUGUGUUUGUACAAUUUAGUAUACCAUAUCUUAAAAAGGCCAAAUUUGACUUGUAAGUUCGUAGUGACCGCAUUGAAUGUGAUCACAGUAACUAUAAAGAAGUUCCUGCCGCCGAACCUAUCGUUGCUGAUGGAUUCUAUGCCAGGCUCCGCGAUGCACGAGCUGGGCAAACUGAUCUACAUGAAGCUGCAUGACUUCCACUGGGAGGUUAGGGACUCCGCCCUAGAAUUGCUGCUUGUCUGCACUGAGAUAUCUUUUAUAAAAUUCCCACCCAUACAAAAGCAAAUCCUGUCAAACAAUUUAUUGACGGUCGCGGUGACGAUAGCACUCAACGACCACGAGUUCUAUGUGCGCGCGUCAGCUCUCAAGUGCAUCGGCGCUGCGACUAAAGUCUGCCCCAUCUGGAGCGACCUCAAGACAAACUUCUCUAAUAUACAGCAUAUGAUGCUAUCAAUAAUGGUGGAGAAUCCUGAAGGCAUCGUGAGGAAGGAAGCUUGUAACGUCUUCUGUGAAAUCUAUCAUAAUUUAAGAGUAACGCCGGCAUUCAAGCAAGUGCUAUACGAAUGUAUGCUUUGCACAGCGCUUAACGAUUUCCACUGGGAGGUGCAGUUAAGUGCUCUCAGGUUCUGGAAGAUUGUGAUACAACACCAGUUAAAUGCUCAAGGCAUGUUAGACGGAACAUUCCCACCGGUAACUUUCUCCAAGGAUUCACGUAAAAUUGUCACAUUGAAUGAAAAGGAAAUACAGAAAAGGCUACAGAAAACUCUAGAAGAACUAGCUUCAAUAGGUUGCUUGACUGUGCUGGUGAAACUUUUACAAGACGAAUCAGAAGUGGAUAUUAUGGAAGCGGCGCUUUCAAUAUCAAUGGAGCUUUAUGGUGUUUUAGAAAAAUACAAAGUACCUGAAACUCUUCAAUCUGGUGAUUGUGAAAUGGUGAACGUUGAAGAAACGGAUCGUCCGAUUAAAUUAACAGAUUAUAGUAAUAUGAAUUCAGGUACAAAUGAUGCGACGAAUGCAGAUAAUGUUAUAGAAGGAAUUGUGAACGCAGAUGACAUAAACUUGCUAGCCAUGAUGUAUGAAAGACAAAUGAAGUUGCAGAAUGAAGAAACGUCAGUUAACGAACCACAACCUAAACCGAAACUACUUAAAUUCGCCUCACCGCAUUUGUUCGUAACGUUCUUGAAAAGCAAAGAUUUUAAAGCGGUUAUUGAACAAAAGAAGAAAUGGCGAGAAGGUAUCAAGAGUUUAUCAUCUCUUUUAGACGAUGUCCUUGGAAUUUACGAGAUCAAUGAAGAUAUCAACUCUUUAGACUGUUAUUGAUGUUUUGAAAGUUAUCUACAAAUGUUGUGGAAUGUUCUGUAUGAACAAUAAACUGUUAAAUAUAAUUAAGACA